AUGCUGAGAGCCAUCGUCAACCACUUUCCCGACAAUCUCUUAGCCGAGGAAAAUUGCAGGGGAGACACUGCGCUUCAUUUGGCCGCCAGGGCCGGAAGGGCCCCUGCUGCCCGAGUGCUCAUUGGCCGAGCAUUGGACGUCGGUGAGGGCGAGAGGUGGCGGAAUCUCGUGCAAGUGAAAAAUCGCGGGGGAAACACCCCGCUGCACGAGGCCGUUAUGAACAACCACCUCGAAGUGGUUGAGAUAUUGAUAGGUGAGGACUUGCAACCCAUGUAUUGGAAGAACGAGGAAGGUAAAUGUCCGAUGACUCUGGCCGUCGAGAGAGGCAACGUUGGGGUUCUCGGGAUUCUGUUGGCAAAGCCACUUGAGCCAUCAUGCAUACAAGGCGAGUCGCCCGUUCAUGCGGCUGUCUUACACGGCAAACUCGACAUGCUGAUGGAAAUUUCGGAGAAAAAUCCAACAUUGUUUGGAUUGAAAGAUGAUGGACGGGGCACUCCGCUCCAUUUGGCAGCAUACAUCAAUUACUGUGACGGCAUCAAAUUCUUGCUUAAAAAAUUCACCUCGAGUGCAGUCGAAUAUGAUAGAGAUGGCUAUUUUCCUAUUCACGUCGCUUGCAAAGAGGGUCAUGUUCAAGCCAUCAAGGAGCUGCUUCGGCAGUGGCCAAAUCCGAUGGAGUUGAUCAAUCAGCACGGACAAAACAUCCUUCAUGUCUGCACCAAGCACGGAAGUAUCCAGGCAGUAAAGUACAUACUCGGGAAAGCCGACCUUGAGAAGCUUAUCAACGAGAGAGACAACGACGGGAACACUCCUCUGCAUUUGGCCACAUUGCCGUGGCACCCCGUGGUUCUGCUUGAUCUCGUGCGGACAAAAGAGUUGAUUGUAAGCCUCUCAAUAACGAAUGCUUGA